AUGACGUUCUUGGGAUACUCGUUCAAGCCAACACCUCCGUUGGCUGAGCCACAGCCAAAGCCUUCGACUGAGUACGGUCUCAGAACCACAGACUAUCCGGCUAUUAAGAAUGCUCCGUUGCCAGCAGAUGGUCCGGGCUCUAAGCAUUUUUCCAACUUGCUCGUUCUUGCGCUCAUUGCCGGUAUUCCGUGGUUUAUCAAGUCUAAGCUUGGAGGAGGAUUCAAGACAUGGGUCUUCUUUGUGCUGUUGACAUUCUUGCCUAUUCUCAUGGUUUACUGGACUUUGGCAUCCACAUACUCGCCAAGAUUGAAUGAAAGGGUCAGAUUCCCAAACAAGGGCGUUGAGCACUACUUGGAGUUCCACACCGAGGAGCUGAAGCAGAAGUACUCUGGCCAAAACAAGAUCCCAAUGGAAACUUUCCACGAGUUGUACUUUGCUAACAAGGUGUCGUUCAAGGGUGAUGCUUUGGAGAUCAUGGAGUAUAGACACGAUUGGGCACAGUUCUCAUUCACAUUGUCCCUCUUCAAGUUCUUCCUGUUGGGCAUGAUCCCAGAGGUUAUCAUGCAUACAAGAUCACAAGACGAGGAGCAAGUCCGUGACCACUAUGACCGUGGUGAUGACUUCUACACCUGGUUCUUGGGCUCUAGAAUGAUUUACACAAGUGGUUUGAUCUCCGAUAUCACCGUCGAGGAGUCUCUGGAGCAAUUGCAGGAUAACAAGUUGAAAGUUGUUUGUGAUAAGAUUGACUUGCAAAAGGGCGAGAGAUUACUGGAUCUUGGAUGUGGCUGGGGUACUUUGGCCACUUACGCAUCCAAGGUCUAUGGUGCUUCUGUCACUGGUAUCACCUUGGGUAGAAAUCAGACCAAAUGGGGUAACGAGAAGCUCAAAUUACAGGGUAUUCCAGAAGAACAAUCAAAGAUCCUGUGUAUGGACUACAGAGACACACCAGUUCCGGAAGGUAAGUACAACAAGAUCACCUGCUUGGAGAUGGCUGAGCACGUUGGUAUCAGAAAGUUUGGUACCUUCUUGCAACAGGUUUACGACAUGUUGGACGAUGAUGGAUUGUUCUUCUUGCAAUACGCAGGUUUGAGAAAAUCAUGGCAAUACGAGGAUUUGAUCUGGGGAUUAUUCAUGAACAAGUACAUCUUCCCUGGUGCAGAUGCUUCCACUCCUUUGGACUUUGUCGUUUCCAAAUUGGAAGCUACAGGCUUUGAAACCGUCUCCAUCGAUAACAUUGGUGUCGAUUACUCUGCAACCUUGUGGAGAUGGUACAGAAACUGGAUGUCUAACAAGGAUUCCGUUGUUAACAAAUAUGGUGUCAGAUGGUUUAGAAUCUGGGAAUACUUCCUUGCUUACUCUACCAUCAUCUCUAGACAAGGUUCUGCUACGUGUUACCAGAUCGUCUUGAGAAAGAACCUCAACUCAUAUCAUAGAAUUGAAUACGUUCCAAAGCAAAAGGGAUUGCUCGGACCAAUCAAGGAGGGUGUUGAAGAAUGGUUCAAGUGAUGCUGUAGCUUGGCUGCCUUCUUCCUUCUAAAUUACUGUGCAUUAUCGAAAGAAUCUUUUUUGGAGUAAGUACAUACAAAAGAUAAAGAAGAAAA